AUGGCUUGUUUUACUGCAGAGGAAAGAACCCGUUUGCAGGUGGCAUUCAACAAAAUCGACAAAAAUAGAGAUGGUUUCAUAACGGGGAAAGAGUUGAAAGAUUUACUAGCAAGAUUCGGGAAGGAUAUUUCGGAAGCCAGAGCUAACGAAAUUCUGACCAAAUGUGACCCAGACGGUACCGGAAAAAUAACAUUUGAAAAAUUUGUUAACGGUUGUGCCAUUGCUCUUCCAAUCAUCAAAGCAGCCAUUCUACUGGUGGCAGCUUUCCACGUAAUGGACGCUGACGGCAGCGGUUACAUUACGUCCAGUGACCUGAAAAAACUUGCCAGCGACAACAACGUUGAUGUCCCAGCCGGAAAGAUUGAGGAGUUGAUCGCCAAAUGUGAUCAAAACAACGACGGUAAGGUCAGUUUUCAAGAGUUCGUACAUGCCUUGAUCACAUUCAUCAAAGCUAAUGCCUAAGAACGCAAAAUAAAAUUGAGAAAAUGUUUCUGAAGGAUUUUUAUAAAAAUAAAUUUAUUAAUGCUUUUUAUAUUAAAUAUUAUUAAUAAAAACAAACAAAAAAUAUAUAAACAAUUUGUCGUCGUCGUAAUGUUUACCUUUAAAAUGCUUUUGAACAAUCAUUAAUAAAAAGCUUUUUAUUUGGUGUCUUAGUAUUAAUUAAACAAACGAAAUAGAUACCGGUAGACAACGACAGGACAAAAUGUCUUUACCAGACCCCCAGUGUAGAAGUUUCAAUUAACGUGGCUAAAAUCCACGGUGCCAAAACACAGUCACACUCUGAAUCAAUGUACAAAAGUCGUUAUAUAAGACGAAACAGUUUAUUCUAGAUACUUAGACACUGUAAUGCCAUUUUUUUGCGAUCAUUCGCGAUUUUUAUUUCAUAUGUUGUAGACUUUGUGGUGGUUUACGCGAAUGUAAAAGCAUCUACAAAGCAUUUGUAAUUAAAAUAAAUGAAACACUUUUUGAGAAAUUUCGCAACUUUAAAUGAGGUCUUCAAAAGGGUUUACAAUUCACCAAUUUCUGUUUCAUUCAAUUAACAAUUACGUAUCAGAUGUAACUCCACCAGCGUACGUCACGCACGUAAACUCCAUACGUAGGUAUAUAAAACUCUAUACCUUAAUAUCACCAUUGCGUAUUUCGGUACUACGCAAUACUAUCAAUUCAAAUCCACGCAAAACCAUUCAAUUAAAAUAUUAAAUGUCAACAAUAAUACUAAUAACAAUAUACAGAAAUAAACAAAUACACAAAUCUGAACCAAAUAAUCAUAAAAGUCAACAAAAAAUACAACAGUACAAUA